AUGACUUCUUAUGAAAUUGAUUAUGUCAAUAGCGACAGCGAUGUUGAUGCUGUCGUGAUAGAUCGCGACGAUGUUAGCAAUUACAACCCAGAACAGAUCCUCCCUCAGCCCGAGGAGAUCAUCCAAAAAAUCCGUGCCUGGCUCCAGCCAACCUCAUAUGAUAUUGCGGGCGGAGAAUACCGCAAGCACCUGGCCUCUCACGUGUCGGGGACGGGAUCCUGGCUUACAGAAAGCGACACAUACAAGCAAUGGCUGGAGGACGACCAACACGGCUUGCUUUGGAUCAAAGGCAUCCCGGGUUCUGGGAAGUCUGUCAUGGCAGCCAGCCUUAUCGAUGGGCUUGCGAAAGCGAGCCCAGGCUCUCCCGUUAUAUUUUUCUUUUUCCGUCAAAUCAUCGAAGCGAACCACCAGCCUGAGGCCCUGGUGCGAGACUGGAUGGAUCAAAUCUUGACUUAUAGUCCGCCUCUGCAAAAGAAGCUCAAGGAUUAUUUGGAGUCUAAUAGAUCGAUCGACAGCAUCUCGAUGGAGGAUAUGUGGAAAGAUCUUUACAUGGCGUUCUCUGGAUUGUCUAACAUGAUUUUCUGUGUGGCCGACGCGCUCGACGAAAUGGACAAAGGCAAUGAGUCCUUUCUCCACGCUCUUGCCACCUUGGGUAAAUGGAACCCUCGGAAAGUCAAAGUCUUGAUCACAAGCCGCCCAGUUCCAACGAUUGAAGGGCCGUUGAGAGCCUUCCAAUCCUCCUGCCUUCAAAUUCGAUUGCAGGAGAAUAUGGUGGACAUCGACAUUGCGACAUUUGUUCAGUUCACCCUGUCGCGCUCCACGAUCCCACAGGCCGACUGGAAGACGAUCAUGGACGCUGUGCCUGGCCGAGCAAACGGGCUGUUCCUCUACGCAAAACUUGCAAUGGACGCCUUUCUCGAGCCAGGCGCUAAUGUGAAAACCGUUCUUGGCCAUCUACCUGCUGAUUUGAACGUGCUCUACACUGACCUUUUGAAAGAGCACUCAAGGCGGUCGGGUAUAGCUGACAGUGUGCAGCGUUUGAUCCUGCAGGCUGUCACCCAUUCCACACGGCCGCUUAGGCUUCUGGAGCUUGCCGAAAUGGUCAAGGCCAACAAUCCAGACGGCAAGGAGAGAGACCUCAAAGCCACAAAGGAUCUGAUCCGAGCUGCGUGCGGGCCGUUGCUCGAGAUCUUGGCGGAUGAAACUGUAUCUGUCAUUCAUCAUUCAUUCACGGAAUACCUCAAAGGUACCACUCGGCCUGAUGGUUCCGGGUAUCCGGUUCUGAAGAUGGGGCCAACUCAUGCUCAGUUGGCGGUUGCAUGUCUGCGGUAUUUGACUUCUGGAAGCCUGAAGUCCAUCGUGGUAGAAGAGGAGGAAUACAACGAAGAUUCCGACGGCGACUGGUAUAUGUCUCGGAAUCAGGUCCCGAAAGAUGAGAUCCAACAGAGAUUGAAACAUCCCUUCUUCGAGUAUGCUGCCGUCAAUUGGGCGCAUCACAUUCGUAGAUCCGAAGCAGCUGGGCGAGACCAGACGAACGUCCUCGUGUUGGUUCGUCAAUUCUUGGACAAUGAGAGAGACAUGAAGGCUUGGCUACAAGCCAAAUGGAACGCCUCAUCUCGAGGAGCUGUACAGGGAGUCACGAAGAUUCAUAUAGCUGCCAAGCUCGGCCUAUUUUCUUACCUGAAGGAACUCAUUCAAACCAUGGAGCCAGAUUUGCCGGACGCGACUGGCAGAACACCGCUGUGGUGGGCAGCCCACGAAGGUCACGCAGAAGUAGUCCAUGAGUUGAUCAAGGCCGGUGCAAACCCUGACCAACCUGAAUCCGUACGUGGAUUGAAGCCUCUGCACGAAGCCGCCAACUUGAACCAUCAUGCAGUCGUUAGUGCGCUUCUCGAGGCUGGUGUAGACCCCCUGACACCUAAAACUCAGGAGGAUCCAGGUAGGAGAUGCGGGAAUGCUCCUAGAAGUGUUGGGCAUACCCCUCUUAUGUAUGCCUGCAGAAAUGGACAUCUCGAAUCUGUAGACGCAUUCCUACCAUUCCUCAAGGACAUUGAGACCGCCCACCGUGCUUUGGUAUGGGCAGCCGGAGCCGCCAGGUCAAAGGUUGUUGCUAGGAUUCUCCAGCAUCCUGGAAUCGAUGUCAACGCCAAAGUCCGUGGAGAUACGGCUCUCUAUCUAGCUUGUGGUACUGCCGAUGUUGACACUAUCAAGUUCCUUUUGGAGGCUGGUGCGGAUCCUCGCGUUCAAAGCUUGGACAGUGGUGACGAGUUUGAUUCGAACGGGAUGCUCGUUUCCUUUGAAGAGAAGAAGAAUCCCAAUAGAAAGAACUGUCUGCAUCGUUUGUGUGGAUCGGGAAAUCGUGGAUACACGGCUGAUAAUAGGAAUGCCGAGGAUCUGCAAACCAUAUUCUCGCUCUUGAUCAAUGCAGGCGCUGACAUCAAUUGCCGGGAUCCGUGCGGCCGGACGCCUCUGCAUGACGCAGUCUCUUCCUCGGUCUUAACGCGACUACUUCUUCAAGCCGGAGCUGAUGCCAACGCAACCGGCGACUCAGGAGUCGCACCAAUCCACCUCGUUCAAUCGAUAGACCCCAUGGUUGUCUUAAUCGAGGAAGGUCAUGCCGACAUUAAUCUGGCUCAGAAGGAUGGGAAGACACCUCUCCUCAACAUGCUCUCUAGCUAUCACGUUGAAACCACGUUGAAGUUCCUCGAGUACGGACCUGACUGCAGCGCUAUUGACCGUGACGGCGAUGGAGUAUUACACGUUGCACUUAAGCAGUGGAAUACGGACGCGAACCUACUCAGGGCUCUUCUCAAAGCCGGCGCUGAUCCCAAUGCAAAGAAUAAGGCUGGUCUCACGCCCCUUCUUUCCAUGCGCAGAGAUUUCAAACCUCAGUUGAUGGAUGUACUUAUUGAAGGAGGUGCUGAUAUCAACGCGACUGACGAAAAGGGGCGGACCGUCCUUUUCAACGCUUUAAGUGAUUCCAGUGGCUCAGACGGCAAGUAUGAGGGCAUUAAACAGCUCGUUGAGAGGGGCUUUUCGAUACAUCACCGCGACUGGAAUGGUCGUACUCUAUUACACGAAGCUGUUUUAUGCCACGACGCAAGUCGUCUCAGGGCUAGUGCACAGUCAAAGUUCAACUUUGUUCAUGGUUUAGGGCUUGAUGUGCAUGCUGUUGAUCAUGACGGGAACGGCCUGCUCCACGAGCUGGCGAUGCGUUCUUCCAACCAUGAUUCAUACUCGGGGCUCCCCUUGGUGUCACUGUGGGAGCGUCUCCUUGAGUUGGGUUUAGAUUUGGAGCAGGCGAAUCAUCAUGGGCUCACUCCCUUGCAUAUUCUCUGCUCUGGCAACAUCUCCUCGUCAAGAUUCGAGCAAGGUGCGAUUAUACCGAUCGACUUGGUGAUCUCGAGAACAAAGGACCUUGACAGGAUCGACAGCCUUGGCGCCACACCCUUACACCGGGCCGUGAUACGUGGGGAGCUGUACUCGAAGAAACUUCUCGACGCUGGGGCAGAUCCUGCCAAGGCCACGCACGAAGGAUUGACCCCAUUGCACAUUGCUUCGCGCUGCAGACAGAGCAAUGUUGUCGGGCUACUAUUGGACGAGUUGAGGAAACGAACGCCGUUGUCGGAUUCUGCUGUCCUCGGAGUGAAUGCUGUCCUAUCUAAUAACAGUAUCAACCUGCCCCUUUACUACGCUUGCCUAUCCGGGAGGCCAGAAACCGUGUCGCUCCUCUUCGAUGCGGGAGCUGAUGCCAAAAAGGGCUAG